AUGAGGGUUGAGUCUGAGAGCGUGGGAGGCUCCCAUGCUGAUAUUUCUCGUGAGCGGCGCACUCAGCAGGAUACUGAUUCCCGUCGGGGGUCUAUCAUGUCGACCCAAACUUUUCCGGAGUCAGGGCCACUUCCUGUGCUGCAAACUCUAGCCAAUGAGAAAAUCAUCGCCUCUGGGAACGGAAUUACUGUCGCAAUUGCUCAAGCCGAGCCUGUGAUCUUUCUCGAGGACGCAGAUAGCGGAGACAGUUCAAAGGCCGCCAUGCUCAGGGGCCAUUUGCAUAUCAAGGUUACCAAGACGACCAAAAUCAAGAGAAUACUCCUCACAUUUAAGGGUGUGGUAAAUGCAACGUGGUCGGAGAGUUUACCAAGCCAGAAACAUUUUUACCGUGAUAGCCGCGGUGUUAUGACCCAUAUAUGGCCCUUUUAUGAUGACAGAUAUAUAACCCAGCAAAAUCGUUAUGGUGCCGAUUAUUUUCGACUGCUUCACCCCAAGAAGGGAGCACCAACCUACCCAACCUCCGGACUCUUCCCACGGUCUCGCUCCUCUGUAAGUUUAGAUCGCAUGGCAAAAGAGUUUAGGCGACUUUCACUCCCACACAGUUCAUCACGAAGCUUCGCAAGCGAUGAAUUUGCUACCCCCUCAGCCUCCGCACAGACGGGCUAUACGUUGUUUCAGCCAGGUGAUUAUAUCUACAAUUUCGAGCUACCAAUCGACUCUCACUUUCCAGAAACUAUAAAAACUGAUUAUGGGUCUGUCAAAUAUUCGCUUGAGGCGUUUGUCGAACGAGCGGGCGUGUUUCGUCCAAACAUUUCAGGCUCAAAAGAAGUGCUUCUCGUUCGGACUCCAUCGCAGAACUCGUUAGAACAGGUUGAACCAAUCGCGAUUUCUCGCUCAUGGGAAGACCAGCUUCAUUACGAUAUCAUUAUAUCGGGCAAAUCAUUUCCUUUAGGGGCACAAAUCCCGAUUGCAUUCAAACUUACGCCCCUUGCUAAAGUUUCAUGCCAUCGGAUCAAAGUUUACGUAUCCGAGACAGCUCUGCAUUGGUCAUUAGGCAAUGUCGAGCAUCGUACAGACAAAAAUCGACAAAUCCUGCUCUUUGAUAAACGUGCUGGAUUUCCUGUGAUCAGUACAUAUCCAGGAAGCAAGUUACGAAUCACUUCGGGCGGUGGCAUUCGAUGGGAAGAUCGCGAGGCUGCAGCACGUGGCGUUGAAAUAUCCGAUCCCAUGUGUACGAAUCUCCUCGGCGAUGUUGAGAAUGACUUCGGUGCUGGGCCAACAGAGAUGGAAUUUGACGUGCAGCUUCCAACAUGUCCGCUCAUGCGGAAUGUUGAGUCGGCUCAGAAAUUGCAUUGCGACUCCGCGUACGAUAAUAUCACUAUUAACCACUGGAUCAGGAUCGUCCUUCGACUAUCAAGGCCCGAUGAAAACUACUCCCAUAAGCGCCGCCACUUUGAGAUUUCAAUCGACUCGCCAUUCCACAUUCUAUCCUGCCUGGCAAAGCAAUCAAACCUUGCACUUCCACAUUAUACAUCUCCUACGUCAGCCCCAUCUGCAGAGUAUGAAUGUGGCUGUCCUGAUGCUAGACCUCUCGCCCCACCCACUUCAAUGAACACUGGGCUAGGCGAUCUCAAUAUGAUCCUCAAUAUUUCCAACGCUAGCGACGGCUCCCCCAUCUAUACGCCGCAGUCCUCUUCCUCUGAGUCUGUAGACCGCGCCCGUGAGGACACACAGCCUACAGAUUCCGGGGACUCUUUAAACAUGCGCACCCGACCUAUCCACCUCAUACGAGUCCCGUCAUUUGCACCACCGCCAUUCGAAGACAUUCCCCCGCCUCCUCCUGUCAUGACCCCGCCACCUGAUUAUGCCGCGAUCAUGCCGAAUCAGGACCCCAAUAGGGGCCUUGUCGAUUAUUUUCAACGGCUACACCAAGCCGAACAGGAGUAUGACCAGAACACGCGCGGGAAUGCUAGGGUGGAUGUGCCUCUAACUCCAGGUGGAAGAGUGCACCGAAGCAUUGAGAUCCCAAGGGGAUUUUUCCCAGGGGUGGAGGCCAUUACUGAAUGA